UCUUCCGUCUGAUUUGAGAGACAAGCUGCUGUUGUUAUCGCUGAAACGCAGUAUUUUCCAAGACUACACAAAAACGAUGAGUGCAUCCAAACUUCAGGAAAGCGGUGAGGUGAGAAUCGCACACUCUCUACAUACGAAUGAGGAGGAGUUUGUAGCCAGAAGGAGAGAAACUGUUUUUCAAAGCCUGCAGAAACUCAAGAUACACUGCAGCAAGAGUGAAGUGCCAAACAUUGCAUUACUGGGUUCUGGAGGAGGACAAAGAGCCAUGGUGGGUUUGCUGGGAUCUCUGGUUCAGCUUGAUAAAGCGGGUCUUCUGGACUGCAUCCUUUAUCUGAGCGGAGUCUCUGGAUCCACCUGGUGCAUGGCCUCUUUAUACCAAGAACCAAACUGGUCCACCAAACUAGAGACCGUGAAGGACCAAAUCAUCAAGCGACUCACCGGCCCCAAAGUCAGCUGGGGAGACGCAUUUGCCAAACUGAAGAAAUAUUACUAUGAGAAAGAAAUCUUCAGCUUGACUGACGUCUGGGCAGUGAUGGCCGUCACAGAAUAUGUGAAAGAGAUCGACAAAUUCACACUCACAGAUCAGUGGAACCAGCUCAGUAAAGACCCGUUUCCCAUCUACACAGCGAUCGACAAGCACUGCAAAGAGGAGAAGGAGAAGGGAGGAGACACAGAAGACCCCUGGUUUGAGAUCAGUCCACAUGAAGCAGGUUAUUCUCUCACUGGAGCGUUUGUGGGAACAUCCAGCUUCGGCAGCCAGUUUCACAAUGGCUCGAAGAAAAAACCUCAGCCUGAAACGGAUAUGCUGUACCUGCAAGCUCUGUGUGGCAGCGCUUUAGCUGAUCGAGACGAGAUCUUUAAAUUCCUCUGGGAAAAAAUAAAAGAUUUCUUUAAAGAUUUAACACCUCUAAUAGAAUCGGACACGUUUGAGGAAAUGAGGAAAGAUCCAAAAGCUCCACCUGCAUACAAGUGUUACCAGGUGCUCACGGAUCUUGUGGACGUGAAUCUCGCCGUUUUAAAUGGCAAAGAUUAUUUUGCUCUUGAGCAAUCCAUCAGAAAAACCCUGAAAGAGCUCAGUGGAAGCAAAAGUCACCUGAUUUUUCAAGCGGGAAAAACUAACCUUGCUACAAAAUUUGAUGUGAAGAAAUUCACUGAGGGUGUAUGUAAGGAUUUGAGUCGUUUGUUCAGUUCGGAGUCUUUUGAUCUUGUCUUGAGCAUUUGUAUAUGCAUGGCUCAGUGGAUCUGGGGCAGGCAUUAUAACUUCCUCCACAAAAUGACAGAUGAAACCGUGCCUUCUACUCUUCUGAAAAGUGAGAAGAGAGACUAUGAAGACGCCGGACUGUUGCUGAACUCACCCUACUUCUCAGUGCUGAGAGAAGAACGAGACAUUGACCUCAUCAUUUCCCUGGAUUUCAGUGGAGGCGAUCCUUUCAAGACAGUGAAGGAAACUCACAAACUGUGUGAGGAACUAAACAUCCCUUUCCCUGAAGUCAACGUUCCCAGUGAAAAGGCAAAGAAACCGAAGGACUUCUAUGUGUUCAAAGGCAAAAACGCUCCAACCGUGAUUCACAUCCCUCUGUUUAAUGUGGUCAACUGUGGAGAUAAUAUUGAGGCCUGGAGGAGCAAUUAUGGGACCUUUCAAGGUUCUUACAGCGCUGAGAUGAUCACUGAUCUUAUGGACGUCGCUGGAAAAAACAUCUCAAACAACAGAGAGAAACUGCUGGAGCAGAUUCAAGCAGUCACUGAGCAAAAAAGACAACUGAUGACAAUCUGAAUACCAGUGGCACGCAGCACUCUGAAAUUAAGUCCUUACUGUUUGAUUAAUUUUUAAAAAAAAUGUAAAUUCAUGUUCCAGUUACACUUAAUGUCGACACAUUUUUCAGGUUAAAUAAACAUUACUUAUAC